CCCCGAGCCCACAGCCCCGGCGGCGGCACGACGAGCGGCGGCACGACGAGCUGCCGCCCGGCGAGCGCGCCGCCCGGUUCGGCCCUCCUGUCCCGCUCCGCCGCCGCCUCUUUCCGGCCCCCACACUCGCAGCCGUCCGCGCGUCCUACCGCACCAUGUCGGUGGCCGGGCUCAAGAAGCAAUUCCACAAGGCCACUCAGAAAGUGAGUGAGAAGGUUGGAGGAGCUGAAGGAACCAAGUUAGAUGAUGACUUCAAAGAGAUGGAGCGGAAAGUGGAUGUCACCAGUAGGGCUGUGAUGGAAAUAAUGACCAAAACAAUUGAAUACCUUCAACCCAAUCCAGCUUCCAGAGCUAAACUCAGCAUGAUCAACACCAUGUCAAAAAUCCGCGGCCAGGAGAAGGGGCCAGGCUAUCCGCAGGCAGAAGCGCUGCUGGCGGAGGCCAUGCUCAAGUUCGGAAGAGAGCUUGGAGACGACUGCAACUUCGGCCCAGCACUAGGUGAGGUGGGGGAGGCCAUGCGGGAGCUCUCGGAGGUGAAGGACUCUCUGGACAUGGAAGUGAAGCAGAACUUCAUUGACCCCCUUCAGAACCUUCAUGACAAAGAUCUGAGAGAAAUUCAGCAUCAUCUUAAGAAGUUGGAGGGUCGACGCCUGGACUUUGAUUAUAAGAAGAAACGACAAGGCAAGAUUCCAGAUGAAGAGCUCCGUCAAGCUCUGGAGAAAUUCGAUGAAUCUAAAGAAAUUGCUGAGUCAAGCAUGUUCAAUCUCUUGGAGAUGGAUAUCGAACAGGUGAGCCAGCUGUCUGCGCUCGUCCAGGCCCAGCUGGAGUACCACAAGCAGGCCGUCCAGAUCCUGCAGCAAGUCACCGUCAGACUGGAAGAAAGAAUAAGACAAGCUUCAUCUCAGCCUAGAAGGGAAUAUCAGCCUAAACCACGAAUGAGCCUGGAGUUUACAACUGGAGACAGUACUCAGCCCAACGGGGGCCUCUCCCACACGGGCACACCCAAACCUGCAGGUGCCCCAAUGGAUCAGCCUUGCUGCCGAGCUCUGUACGACUUCGAACCUGAAAAUGAAGGGGAGUUGGGUUUUAAAGAGGGUGAUAUCAUCACACUCACUAACCAAAUUGAUGAGAACUGGUAUGAGGGGAUGCUUCAUGGCCAGUCAGGCUUCUUCCCCAUCAACUAUGUGGAGAUUCUGGUUGCCCUGCCCCACUAGGAUGUUAGGCUGACAGGCUUACCUCCUCUUGACCCAGAUAGUUAAGUUUAACCACUGCUUUGGUAAUGCUGCUUACAACACAUCCCAAAUGCAGGCCGCAGUGGUCCAAGUCAUCAAGCCCCACCAAGUAUCUUUGGUUGACUUGUGUGAUCCCACAAGAGUCAUGGUGAUGGGUGGUAUCUUCUUAGGUUGGCGGGCAUGGCAUGUGCUUUUUAAACACCAUCUGAGACCAGCCAGUAGUCACUGAAUUGCUGUUUACACGGUUCUCAGGAGGCUGUGACUUCUUAGAAUAUGACCAUGAGCCACAUUACAGUAAAACCAUCCUACUGAAGAUACUAUCUAUCACCCAGGGGCCAUCUCAAGGUCUCAGGUUCUCCAUUUCAAUAGGAGAUAGGUCUUGCUUUCCCAUUGUCCCCUCCCAGAUAUGUCAGUCACAGAAUUAUGGAAGAAAGCCUCCCUCACCAGCAACUUGUUGUGGGGUCUGAAUGAGUCAGUCCCUUGAUGCUAUCGGUAGGAAAGUGUUGAAUGUGAGUUAAAAACCUUUUCUGACAAUAGUCACUUUUGUUCCUCCCAAUUAUGCCUAUUUCUGAGGGACAGCCAGUUUUCUUCCCUCCCUGCUCAUAAAGCCAGAGGGGAACUCCCGCUGUAUUUCUAAGUAAGACAGUUAGCAGUCAGCACGUGGUAGGAGAGGCUGAAGAGAAGAGAUCCUCUGUUAUAAGGAAAUGGGAAAACAUCUGGUUUCCAAGCUUCAGUUUCUUGCCACAGAGAAACCACAUAUGUAUUUAGGCCAUUUCUGAAGGUACAGGGACGAGGGAACAAAUAUCUUCACUUCAGUUUUAUUUAUGAAUUACGGGCUUCAGGAGUCCAUUUGGCACAGAGACACAAAGAGAAAAACAUCAGAAACCAUUUUUCCACUAGCUCCUAGACCAAGAAACAGUACCUGUCUUUCCUUUCCUCUUCCACCUUGUGUUCUUUGAGCAUCAUUUGUGCAGAUUCUGCCCUCAAUGAGGACCAAAUAAAGAUGAUUUUUGUGCUUAGCAGUUUAAGAUGUAUGGCUGCACGUGCGGAAGUGUUUCCCACCUCGGGCAUUAUUUUUAUUUCCGUCCCUUCUAUCCCACUUUCUUGUGUGUACAGCACUGUGUGUAAGCUUAUGAGUGGCUUUUUGUUUCUGGAGGUUUUUGGUAUCAGUCAAAAAGUCCUGUUAGGUGUGCAGAGUUCUAUUUAUCUAGCUGUGCAGAUUCCUUCAGAGGGUGACGUGCUGCUUCGGAUGAGCUGCCUGCGGUAGUGGGUCAUGUGGAGUGAAAGGCAAAUCUUACUGCUUCAUGUAUAAACCUCUUACCACAGGAAGCAUCGCCGUUUCCAAUAAAUAUUGCUGAAGACACAACCAAAUGCUCUGGUCCUUU